UGAUGGUGAAGACCCGCUGUGGCAGAGCUGCACUUCUGGAGAGCAGGAGAACCUGUCUGCUCGGCUUGUCCUCCUGCUUUCUCACACUUUUUACCUUUGUUUUCUUUUUUUGUUGUUGUUUUUUUGACUCUCACCCAGCCCCCUGCAUCUCUUGCCUAACCUGGACUGCUGCUCUGUUCCUCCCUUCAUAGUUUUACGAGCUGGAAUGACAGUUCUUGGAAACUGAGGCUGCUGGAAUGAGAGCCUCUGUCCUGGGAUCGGUCUGUGCUCUUCUCUUGCUGUUGCGAGAGCCUGCAUGCCAGGGAGAUGAGGUUACAGUCAACCCGUGCUGUUAUCUCCCCUGUCAGCACUGGAGUGUGUGCGUGCGCUACGGUGAGGACAAAUAUGAGUGCGACUGCACCCACACCGGCUACUAUGGAGAGAACUGCACCACUCCUGAGUUUUGGACCCGAGUGCGUCAGUUCCUCCGGCCCCGUCCCAGUGUGGUUCACUACAUUCUCACCCAUUUCAGCUGGCUGUGGGACAUCAUAAACAACACCUUCCUACGGAAUGUCCUCAUGCGGCUGGUUUUAACAGUGAGGUCCACAUUGAUACCCAGCCCUCCAACCUACAACUCAAAAUACGGCUACCUGAGCUGGGAAUCUUACUACAACCUGAGCUACUACACCCGGCUUCUGCCCCCUGUUCCUGAAGACUGCCCCACGCCUCUGGGGGUCAAAGGCAGAAACGGGCUGCCUGAUCCCGAGGUGCUGUUCGAGAGGCUGCUGAAAAGAAAAGUUUUCAGACCCGACCCCCAGGGCACCAACCUCAUGUUUGCAUUCUUCGCUCAGCACUUCACCCACCAGUUCUUCAAGACCUACAACCGCAUGGGGCUGGGCUUUACUAAGGCUCUGGGACACGGGGUGGAUGCAGGACACAUUUAUGGAGACAGCCUGGAGCGCCAACUGGACCUCAGGCUUUUAAAAGAUGGAAAAAUGAAAUAUCAGUUGAUUGAUGGAGAGAUGUUUCCUCCCUCCGUUGUUGAUGCUCCCGUCAGGAUGAGCUACCCUCCCAACGUCCCCGUCCAGAGUCAGAUGGCCAUCGGUCAGGAGGUGUUUGGACUGCUUCCUGGUUUGGGGAUGUACGCCACGCUGUGGCUCAGGGAGCAUAACCGUGUCUGUGACAUCCUGAAAGCAGAACAUCCCACCUGGGAUGACGAGCAGCUGUUCCAGACCACACGCCUCAUCAUCAUCGGCGAGACGAUCCGGAUCGUGAUCGAGGAGUACGUGCAACACCUGAGCGGCUACCGGCUGCAGCUGAAGUUCGACCCCACCCUGCUGUUUCACUCCCAUUUCCAGUACGGGAACCGCAUCGCGCUGGAGUUCAGCCAGCUCUACCACUGGCACCCUCUGAUGCCCGACAGCUUCCACAUAAACAGCGAGGAGCUGUCGUAUGCGCAGUUCCUGUUCAACACGUCCGUUCUCACACACUACGGGGUGGAGAAGCUGGUGGAUGCCUUCUCUCGACAAGUCGCUGGUCAGAUCGGCGGAGGCCACAACAUUAAUGCCAUUGCAGCCAAGGUAGCCACAGGGACUAUAAAGGAGUCUCGCCAGCUGCGGGUCCAGCCUUUCAACGAGUACAGGAAGCGUUUCAACCUCGAGCCCUACUCGUCGUUCAGAGAGUUCACUGAUGAUGAGGAGAUAGCCAGCACACUCGAAGAGCUGUACGGUGACAUCGACACGCUUGAAUUUUAUCCCGGAUUACUGCUGGAGAAAACGCGUCAGGGCGCCGUAUUUGGAGAAAGCAUGGUGGAAAUGGGCGCCCCCUUUUCUCUCAAGGGUCUCAUGGGGAACCCCAUCUGUUCUCCAGAUUACUGGAAGCCCAGCACCUUUGGAGGCAAAGUUGGCUUCGACAUCGUAAACUCUGCCACUCUAAAGAAGCUGGUCUGUCUGAACACCAGGACGUGCCCUUAUGUGUCAUUCAGAGUUCCAGCAGAGGAAAAACCUGCAAAGAAUGAUGGGAAAGUUCACCUUGAUGAGCUAUGACCAUGAGCAGACCCAUCUUUAUGCUUUCUACAUCUGAUAUGAAGAUGAAACAAGUGGUUGCACACAGCAUGUUAGGAUAAACAAACGAACUGGACUUUUCCUUCAACUUGCUCACUGUCAGUUUUACACUUGGACAAACCCACCAGUGAGGAGUCAAACAUAUGGGUUUUGUUAAAGUUUUUUGCCCUACUGUAUGACAAGUUGUUACAGUUCACACUUCCAUGCAAUAUUAUGUCAUCUGUCUUUGAUCAGUUCAAACAUUCACUGGAAUAAAACAAUAAGACUCAAAA